UCCAUCCUGGUUGAUCAUAGUUUUGUCAGUGAGGAGGGUGUCCAUGGAUUCAUUUGUUUUCUUGGUGCUCAGUCUCUCCUGUCUGCUUCUCCUCUCACUCUGGAGACAGAGCUCUGAGAGAGGGAAGCUCCCUCCUGGCCCCACUCCUCUCCCGAUUAUUGGCAAUUUCCUCCAGAUAGAUGUGAAGGAUAUCAGCCAAUCCUUUACCAAUCUUUCAAAAGUCUAUGGCCCUGUGUUCACCCUGUACUUGGGCAGGAAGCCCACUGUGGUGUUGCAUGGGUAUGAAGCAGUGAAGGAAGCUCUGAUUGAUCAUGGGGAGGAGUUUGCUGGAAGAGGAAGCUUCCCAAUAGCUGAAAGAGUUAAUAAAGACCUUGGCAUUAUUUUUAGCAAUGGAAGCAGAUGGAAGGAGAUAAGGCGCUUCUCACUCAUGACUCUUCGGAAUUUGGGCAUGGGUAAAAGGACCAUUGAGGACCGUGUUCAAGAGGAAGCACAGUGUCUUGUGGAGGGACUGAGGAAAACCAAUGGAUCACCCUGUGAUCCCACCUUCAUCCUGAGCUGUGCUCCAUGCAAUGUCAUCUGCUCCAUUAUUUUCCAGAAUCGUUUUGAUUAUAAGGAUCAGGAUUUUCUUACCUUCAUGGAAAAAGUAAAUGAGAAUGUCAGGAUUCUCAGCUCCCCCUGGUUGCAGGUCUGCAAUAAUUUCCCUUCACUAAUUGACUAUUGUCCAGGAAGUCAUCGCAAGUUAAUGAAAAAUGUUGAUUAUAUCAGAGGUUACCUUGUGGAGAAAAUAAAAGAACAUCAGGAAUCAUUGAAUGUUGCAAGCCCUCGGGACUUUAUUGAUUAUUACCUGAUUAAACAAAACCAGGCAAACCACAACCAACUAUCGGAAUUUACAGUUGAACAUCUGGCAACCACUCUGAACGAUCUGUUUGGUGCUGGGACAGAGACAACAAGCACAACACUGAGAUAUGCUCUCCUGCUCCUGCUGAAGCACCCACAUGUCACAGCUAAAGUCCAGAAAGAAAUUGAUCGUGUGGUUGGCAGACACCGCAGCCCCUGCAUGAAGGACAGGAACCACAUGCCCUACACAGAUGCCAUGAUUCAUGAAGUCCAGAGAUUCAUUGACCUCAUCCCCACCAACCUACCCCAUGCGGUGACCUGUGACAUUAAAUUCAGGAACUACCUUAUCCCCAAGGGAACAACUAUAAUAACAUCACUUUCAUCAGUGUUGCAUGACAGCAAGGAAUUCCCCAAUCCAGAGGUAUUUGACCCUGGACAUUUUCUAGAUAAGAAUGGAAACUUUAAGAAAAGUGACUACUUCAUGCCUUUCUCCACAGGAAAACGGAUUUGUGUAGGAGAAGGCCUGGCUCGCAUGGAGCUCUUCCUAUUUCUGACCACCAUUUUACAGAAUUUUAAUCUGAAAUCACUGGUUCACACUGAAGACAUUGAUACAACCCCAGUGGCCAAUGGAUUUGCUUCUCUGCCACCCCCUUACCAGCUCUGUUUCAUUCCUGUCUAA